AUGAGUUCAAAAGUACACUCAGUUGAUGUGGAAAAAGAUGCUUUCUCAAAUACUAUUCCUGAGAUUGAAAUUCUGAAGAGAAGAAAGAAAGAAGAGAUAGAGAAACAACAAGUUCUUGAAAUACAGGAACUUGAAAAAGCAAGUAAAAUUCUUGAAAAGCAGUGUCUGAGUGAGAUGAAUGAAGAAGUUCUGUUAAUUCUUCAUGCUCAGGCUAGACAACUACAGGAAGUGAUCAAGUUCAAACUUGGAAUUUCAAAUACAAAGAAAACAUAUGCUCAAGCAGCUGAAUCUGCUGUCUCUAAACCUGCUGUCUCUAAAUCUACUGUCUCAAAACCUGCUCAAAAUUCUGAGAAAACUGAGAAGAAUACUGCUCAUGCCUCUAUUCAUAGAAAAGUGGAAAAGAAAAUGCAAAAAGAGAAAAACUUUCAAAUCUCCAGAAAUAGAAGACUUAUUCUCAAAGUCUCAAACCAGGACAUUCUGCAAAGAAACAAGCUAAACUCAAAUCUCAUUUUCAGAAUCAGAAAUGAAAUUAACCAGCAGUUCUUUUCUCAGUUAAUGACUGAUAUUGAAGUUCAAAAACCAGUUAUAGCUUCAAUUGAAUCAUCAUUCUUUGAAAACUCCAUCAUUCUGACUACAAUACCUGAAUUCAGUACUGAAUUCCUUAUUCAGAAUGAGAAUCUCUGA